UUGAUAUGGAGCAAGCGAACGGGAGUGCGCAUGUUCACGAGGGCACAGCCUCCCUCGGAGCAUUGAAGGAAGGCUGGGAGUCCCUUCACCUCAAGGCCUUGGGAGGAGUCUGGGUAGAGAGGACUCUGGGAUUCCAGCUGUAGGGGUCCAGGAACUCCCUGCAAACCGGCCCUGUGCUGACGCGCUACCGCGCUGAUCGCCACAGGUGCCAGGGCGACCGGACACAUUGGCACCCUAAAGCGAUGAUGCGCGCUUAGACUUCUGGGAAAUGUAUUUCCGGAACCUCCUCUUCUUGCUUUAUGGCUGUUCCAAGUUUCUCUCAGGGUUUCGAGUUGACUUAGCACCCUAAAGAGCAGAGGUGUAACCCACAGAAAUCACGCUGCCUCUAAGCUGAUGCCACUCCAAUAGUAAAUUUAGAUUUUUCACAAAAUCCCAGUUGCAGAAAGUAACGUGGGAGAAGUCAGUCCUUUUUACAAGUGAGGAAACUAUAGCUCACAUAGGCACAGCAAAAGUAGUACCCUUGCAGACUGUUGGUCUAAUGAGUUGAAGGCCUUUAAGGGUACCCAGAAGUCCCCAGUCACCUCCCAACCAACAAUUAGAUAGCUGAAGACUUGUAUCGCUGUUGGAUGUGAUGAGUUAGCUUCUGGUAUUGGAGAUAUGUGGAAAACUGUUGGCCUGAGAGAAGCUGAGAUGGGGGAUUGGGUAAAGGAGGGCUGUCCCCUUGAUACCACAUUGGGAAAGGAAUGUUGGGGCCUGAGAGAGGGGCCAAGUCCAAGACUGGGUAGAAAACAUUAAGGGACUUGUUUGUUCCACCCCAAAAGGCUGACCACAGGGACUCUUAUUGGGAGUCCAGGAGGAGGCAGCAGUGGUACUGAUGUCUGGAUGCAAGUAGAGAUGCAGCUAUAGAAAAGAAUAGGAUGUAGGGAAGAGAGAAAUGUUUCUAAGCUUAAGCAACAGCCUGUAUUUAGAACAGAGUAAGCUACCAGACACUAUAUAGGCCCGGCGGAAAUGAGGUCUACAAAGCACAUGGCUCAUAUAGAGUUCCCACGGAUCUCUGGGGUGUGGCUGGCCUGUCAGUGCCUGUUCUCUCGGGUGUCCUCUUCAUGGCGACGGUCUCGGAUGAAAGAACACAGCAUGGCACUCAGUCAGCAUUCGCUGCCUCUGGCUGUCCUUAUUACACAUGCCUUGUACUAUUCCUUCCCUAGGGACAGACACUGGCCUCAAAGACCUGAUCUGGUACUCCUGAUGCGACCCACUGUGCUGGGCUCCUCAGGCUGUGCACCCCCAGAAAAUGAGCCUGCUCUGGUGAAGCUGGAGGACUCUGACAACGACAAUGAGAGAGGAGAUAUAUUGUGGGACCCAGGCCCUGAGGCUGCACGUCUACGCUUCCGGUGCUUCCGGUAUGAGGACGCGGUAGGCCCUCAGGAAGCCCUGGCCCAGCUUCGAGAACUGUGUCACCAGUGGCUACGCCCAGAAGUACAUUCCAAGGAACAGGUGCUAGAGCUCUUGGUGCUGGAGCAGUUCCUGGGUGCACUGCCUCCUGAGAUCCAGGCCCGUGUGCAAGGGCAGUGGCCAGGCAGCCCUGAAGAGGCUGCUGCCUUGGUUGACAUACUUCGAUGGGAGCUUGAUGGUCCUCGGAAAUGGGUCACAGUCCAGGUGCAGGGCAAGGAGGUCCUAUCAGAGAAGAUGGAACACUCCAGCUUCCAGCCAAGACCUCACAUCAAGCUUCAGACUCCAGACCCUGGGACUGAGACUCCCCAAGGAGCCAUGCAGGAAUUGCCACUGGACCGACAAAUGAAAGAGGAGACAGAAUUGUUGGGGAAUCCAGAGCUCCUAGAAUCUGGGCCUCUUCCUGCUGCUCAAGAAGCUGCAGCCACUCUCCUACCUAAGGAGACCCAGGGCCAUGGGACAACACUGGAUCAGACCUCUCCUCACAGCAACACUGAGCCUGAUGUGCCCCCAUGGAGUGAGGACCCUAUGCCCCUGUGGCAUGAGGAAGUAGGGGGCAUCUUUUCACCAGGGUUUACGCUGCAGAUGGACAGCAUCACGGCAGAGCCAGAUAUGAUGAGCCCCCAUCUCCAUGUUCCCUGGGAUCUGGACAUGGCUAGCCUCUCUGGACAGAUACAGUCCCCUACCACAGAAGGUGGCUUUGCCCAUGCCCUUGUACUCCCCAGCGACCCAGGAGGUGAACAGGACCCUGCCUGCGAGGAUCCCUGCCCCAGUGUGGGCCCAGCAUUGGUGGCGACUCGAUGGCAUGCCCCAAGGGGCCGGAGCCAGAGCCACCCUAGCUCGGGGAAUGGAGCCAUGCGAGGCGGCCGCUGCGACGUGUGUGGCAAGGUGUUCAGCCAGCGAAGCAAUCUGCUGCGGCACCAGAAGAUCCACACAGGCGAGAGACCGUUCGUGUGUGGCGAGUGUGGCCGCAGCUUCAGCCGCAGCUCUCACCUACUGCGCCACCAGCUCACGCAUACUGAGGAACGGCCUUUCGUGUGCCACGACUGUGGCCAGGGCUUCGUGCGCAGCGCCCGCCUGGAGGAGCACCGGCGUGUGCACACGGGCGAGCAGCCGUUCAGCUGCACAGAGUGUGGCCAGAGCUUUCGGCAGCGCUCCAACCUACUGCAGCACCAGCGCAUCCACGGCGAUCCGCCUGGUCCAGCGCCAUCUAUCCUGCCCCUCGCCGGAGUCCCGGAGCCCCCGGGCCCCUUCCCAUGCAGCGAGUGCUGUGAGAGCUUCCCACGACGCGCCGUGCUGCUAGAGCACCAGGCGGUGCACACCGGGGACAAGUCCUUCGGAUGCGUGGAGUGCGGCGAGCGCUUCGGCCGCCGCUCGGUGCUGCUGCAGCACCGGCGCGUGCACAGCGGCGAACGGCCCUUCGCCUGUGCCGAGUGCGGCCAAAGCUUCCGGCAGCGCUCUAAUCUCACCCAGCACCAGCGCAUCCACACUGGAGAGCGGCCCUUCGCCUGCGCCGAAUGUGGCAAGACCUUCCGCCAGCGGCCCACGCUCACGCAGCACCUGCGUGUGCACUCGGGUGAGAAGCCCUUCGCGUGCCCCGAGUGCGGCCAGCGCUUCAGCCAGCGACUCAAGCUCACGCGCCACCAAAGGACCCAUACUGGCGAGAAGCCCUACUGCUGCGGUGAGUGCGGCCUCGGCUUCACGCAGGUGUCUCGGCUCACCGAGCACCAGCGCAUCCACACAGGUGAGCGGCCCUUCGCCUGUCCAGAAUGUGGCCAGAGCUUCCGACAGCACGCCAACCUCAUCCAGCACCGGCGCAUCCAUACGGGCGAGCGACCCUACGCGUGUCCCGAAUGUGGCAAGGCCUUUCGCCAGCGGCCCACGCUCACGCAGCACCUGCGCACUCACCGGCACGAAAAGCCCUUCGCCUGCCAGGACUGUGGCCGACGCUUCAACCAGAGCACCAAGCUCAUCCAGCACCAGCGUGUCCACAGCACUGAGUAGCUGUACAGCACCGAGCUGUGAAAACACUUCACACGGUUGUUGUGAGGCAGACAUCUCCCAACAGGCCCAAGUAAAGCCUGGGCUCCAGUAGGUGCUCAAUAAACACAUGAUGU